AUGUCAGAUCCCCGGAAAAGACGGGAGGGGAACAAAACCGACGAGUCGGCAUACUCCAUUUCACCAUCGCUUCUCGAAAACCUUACCACCGCGAACAAGUAUGUCCAGCAUGGCGCCACUAUAGAGAUUGAUCAACCUGACGAAUCCUGCACUACGACUCUCCAACGUUUUCUUUCGGUAAACGCAGUUCUGAGCACAGCAUCGUCAUUUGCUAUCCGCCAACAACAAGCUGCAGAGCAAGAUCUUCCGCUUCAAGUCAUCGGAGAAGGAUUUUGCGGUGUGAUAUACGACUUCCCUAGCAGGGGACUCAUCAUCAAGGCCGGCAGAUCAAACAAGAAGCAAGAGAUGUGGGCUGAUCAUGUGGCUCAUGUCAAGAUGUGGGAAGCUUCGAAAACCACAAAGUCUUACGCCAUGCCAAGACCUGCAUAUAUCGUACAAAUCGAGGACCUUCAAGCUUGGAAAAUCGCCCACCGCAAGGAGAUCAAAACGCUUGUGUCCGUCUUCUAUCCGUCCGACAUGAAAGCCGACGCUUCAAACAACCCAGCAAACAAGCAUUGCUUGAUACGCAUUUACCUUGGACGCAGACGCAUGAAUCAACGAGUCGAAAACAAAUUCUCUCUGAGAAACUUUGAGCUCACGCUCGACAAGAUGGAGAUCUUGGGCGUGGACCCCCAACAAUAUGUUCAGCCGAUGGCUGAGGCUUUGGCGGUCAUGCACUGGGCUGCUCAGAUUGAUGGUGCGGAUGUCGAAUUCGUUCUUGGCAGUUCUCCCGAGCGUCGCAUAUCUGCUCAAACUCUGGACUCAAUUGACCUUGAAGGGGAUAUCAUCACGACCUGGAACAUGGAUGAAUCGAAAUCAAGCAGCAUCAACUUUCUCCGACGCAGCGUGAGCAUCUUCUUACUAGAUUUCAAUCAAUGCAGAAGAAUGCCGCCGACUCCCAAGGGCAUUGAUGAUGCUGUCAAAGCAUUUUGGGAAAAUGACCCAUACUAUCCAAGACCUGGCUACAAGGAGGGAACCCAAGAGUGGAUGCUUUGGGAACAGUUCAAGAGCGACUACUUAGUCAAGAGUUACAAGAUUCUGGACGACUCUGCUACAAUGCCCGCCGAGUUUCUCCGCAGAGUCGAAGAGCAUGGGAUCGCAACUGCAAGGCAGCUAUUCACGCGAGGCCCCCCACCAAACUCUGCUAUGGCUUCCUCAAGUCCCACUCCUGGUCCUUCAAGCUCUGUGCAAGGUUCACAAAGCCCGAUGCCGGGUUUGUCAAGCUCUAUAGCAGACACGAAUGAAGACAACAUCAACAAGAAGAAGAAGAAGCAGAGGAAGUACGCAACUCUAGGAUAA